GCUCGAUGGUGCGCAAACCACAGCCGUUGCAAGCUGUUCCUGCUGUCGUUGUCGAGCAUAUUGCUGAGUACGUGUCGUCACCGGCAGCGUUUUUUAGGCUGCUUCGCGCUGUGGGUGCUUCCCGAUGGACGACGCCGCUGCAGUGUGCGAUGCAUUUGGCGACGUGUAUGACAGAAGACGCUCUAUGGCCACACGUUUCGCUCCACGACGCUGCCCGCGCACAGCCCGAUGUCCGGUCCCUUGUCGGGUUCUUGCGCUGGCACCCAUAUUGUCGCGUCGGUCAAGGGCAUCUGACGUUGCUCAACCGCCUUCCGCCGUCCUUGCAGCCACUGGAAGCGCUGCUUCGAUCGUCCGUGUGGCUGCUAUUAGAGCUUGACGGUGUGACCGUCUCGCAGAUCCACCAUGUGCUGCUCCACCAUGGGCAUCGAGUCCAGUCGCUCGUGCUCGGUUUGAACGAGCCUCCGAAUGUACCAUUGACGGCACUGACGCUGGGACGCCUCGCAACAGCGAUUGGUCACUGCGUGCACGCGACCCAAUUGCACGUGCACAUCCAUCAUCCGCAGUGGCGGGGACGCGACAUUGACCCGAUCUUGCACCGCCUCCAAGACACCAACAUUGUCGACUUCCAUCUGCACGCGAGUAUGUUCCACGGCGACCUCUUGUCCGACAGCGGUAGCUACGCGCUCGUCGCGUGGCUCUUUCAAGUGCCCGUGACGUCGUUUGCAUGGCUCGAUCCCGAGCCCUGCCACAGCAAAGAACUGUCGCCGGCCGCACGGCGCCUCGCAACGGCGCUCGCUGCCUCCCGCACGCUGCGCACCCUCGAUUUAUCGCAGUCCACAAUACUGCUCGAGGCCUUUGUCCAACGCCCGCUGCCGCGCACAUUGCGUGCGCUUCGCAUCGAGUAUCCGCAUGCACCCUCAUUAUACACAACGCAACUGAAAUCGCAGCUAGCAACCGCUCGCAUCGCGUCGCUCGACCUCUCGUGGCACCCGAGCCCGAAUGUGCUGAUGCUUCUCGGGCCCAACUUGGCGCAGCUCACAACGCUCAACUUGUCGCACUGCUAUCUCAUGAUCCGAGGCAGCCGCGCGUUAAGUCCACUUCUCCCGACACUGCGCGCGCUGCAGCACCUCGUCUUGUCGGCCAACGAUUUGUUUGAUGACGGGAUCGUUGCCAUCUUGCCCGGUCUCGUUGGCUGCAGCGCACUGGAGACGCUGUGCUUGGAUCGCAACCAGCUCACGGAUAAAAGCUUGGCGGCGACAGUAAAAACGUGCCGGCUCUGCAAACAACUCCGCCACAUUGACUUGUCCGACAACCUGUACACGGACGAGACGGUGCAGCGACUGCACAAGAAACCGACCGUCAUCUCCCGCGUGUGUGCGAUC